AUGAAUUUAAGCAAAAAUAAAAAUAAUUCUGUUCCGGAAGAUAAUAAUAAUUAUGAUCCCUACACUUCAUUAUCUGAAUUAAAUUACAAUGUUAAUCAACUUUUUACAUAUCAAUCUUCUCAACAACUACCAAGAUCGAUUCAAGAACAAAAUGAAAUUAUUACGCCUCCUCAAGUUAAUGAUGAUCAUGAUGUCAUAUCUGGAGAAGAAACUAGUUGUAGACAUUGUCUAGUUGUGUGGAAUCGUGGAAGGCCACAAAUUCUUAAACGACAUUUGGCACGAGAAUGUGCAAAUGUUCCUCAACAAAUUAAAGAAAUAUGGCGUGAUAGUUUAGCAAUGGAGGAAAAAACUAUUAAAAGACGGAAUAAAAUUGAGUCUAGAUU